AUGCCCAGGGGGCCCAUGAACACUACCAAGGAGACAGAUUCGGUCACUGUUGAUCGCAGGAUUCCCCAAAAGCCGUCAAACACAGCUGUCUUUGUGUUGCUGCGAAACUGGCUGCAAAACCUUGUCCUAAACAUUGAAAAAAGCAACUAUAGUUUUAGGGUAUCCCCGAAAUCUUUCGUUGGAUCCUAUCUGCUCCUGAAGCUGGGUUUCGAUGGGCAUUUGAGGACUUACCGGCGGCAGAGAAAGGGUGUUUUGAGAGAGGUUGAUGACUACAUAGUUCAAAGUUGGGAUGACUGCCAGUAUCCUCACGAUUGUGGCGAUUAUGGAGUUUGUAGCAGAGGCGUCAAAUGCAGUUGUCUGGAGGCAUUGGAUGGGUUGGACUACUUCAAGCGAAACAGAGGAACAUUGCCAAGCCAGGGAUGCUCUGAAAUCAGUCCCUUGUCUUGCCAGAGUCCAUUAGAUAGUCACUAUCUUGUGGAUUUUGGAAAACUUUCCUACUUCAAUUUCAUUGAUUCAGGGGCUGCCAUUCCGAAAUUGAAUGAUUUAGAAGAAUGCAAGAAGGCAUGUUUGAGAAACUGCUCUUGCAAAGCUGCUUUCUUUAAGUAUGGCAGCAACACUUCCAAUGGAGAUUGCUAUCUGCUGUCCAAGAUAUUGUCGUUACAAGCAAACCCAAUACCAGGUUACGACUUUUACAAUUCAUCUCCAUUCAUCAAGAUUCAACUCCCUUACUUAGCACCGACUCCUCAGCCGGUAAACAGUCCUGGGUUGGAGAUUUCUCCACUUGUUAUGUCCAGAAACAAAAAACAUUUAGCUGCAAUAAUAGCAGGGUCGGUAGCAUUGCUAGUUGUUUUUAUUCUAUCUGCUAUCUGCAUUGUGAUUUCAAGGAAGAAAAAGAAGAAGAAAGAGAGGGAGGAUGAAAGGGAAUAUUUCAAACAAUGA